AUGAGCUCGAACGCCCCGUCGACCGACUCGACCGCCUUGACGUGCGCGGCGCCGAUCUUCGGGAAGGAGUGCGCAGGCGUGAACAAGGCCUUCCUUGUCUGCAAGAGCAAGGACGAGAACCCCCGCGCGUGCUUGAUCCCGGGCGAAGCCGUCACCACGUGCGUGCUCAAGACGCUCCGCACGCUUGAGACCCACUGCGGGCCGUCGUACACGGC